AUGACUUGUUCUAUGAUUGUUUUGUUGGGUUUUGCUAUUUUAUUGUCACUCUGUUUAUGUUUUGCUAUUCAAGUUUCUUACGAUGAAAGAGCUUUGAAAAUCGAUGGAGAAAGAAGAGUUAUACUCUCUGGGAACUUAGACUUGGUGAGUUUUAUUAAAACAAUCCAAAAUCAAGGCUACGCCAUUCUUCGAAUUGGUCCAUACGUUUGUGCAGAAUGGAAUUAUGGAGGAUUGCCAGUUUGGUUGCAUAACAUCCCAGGCGUCAAGUUCAGGACGAAAAAUCAAAUAUUUAUGGAUGAGAUGAAAACUUUUGUAACCAUGAUAGCGGAAAUGAUGAAACAUGAAAAGCUCUUUGCUUCACAAGGAGGGCCUAUAAUUCUUGCUCAGAUUGAAAACGAGUAUGGGUUUGUUAUGCCGUACUAUGGAAUUGAUGGAGAAGAUUACAUGAACUGGUGUGCACAAUUGGAUGAAUCUUACGAAACUGGAGUGCCUUGGAUUAUGUGUCAGCAGGACAAUGCACCAGCACCAAUAAUAAGCACAUGCAAUGGUUAUUACUGUGAUCAGUAUUAUCCUACAAGAAAAGAUAUUCCGAAGAUGUGGACCGAGAUUUGGCCUGGCUGGUUUAAGGCAUGGGGUGAUCGUGAUCCACACAGACCUGCUCAGGAUGUCGCUUUUGCUGUUGCUAGGUUUUUCCAAUUUGGUGGCACUUUGCAAAACUAUUAUAUGUAUCAUGGUGGGACUAACUUUGGUAGGACAUCAGGAGGUCCAUAUAUUACGACAUCAUACGACUAUGACGCACCGUUGGAUGAGUAUGGUAAUCUGAAUCAACCGAAGUGGGACCAUCUUCAAAAAUUCCAUUUUCUCUAACACUCUAUGCUAGAUGAAACAUAUAUAUAUAUAUAUAUAUAUUUGAUUAUUUUUCUUAGUCAUUUUGAAUUACUUUUGCUUCUAAUGUUGUAGGUCACAACCUACAAUUAUGAAGAAAAACAAGUUUGUUUCUUAGGAAAUUCAGACCCAACAAAUGAUGUCACUAUUAAUUUUCGAAAUACCUCAUUCACUAUUCCUGCUUGGUCUGUCACUAUCCUUCCCGAUUGCCAUACCGAAGUCUAUAACACGGCAAAGGUCAACAGCCAAACAUCCAUAAUGAUCAAAUCUCCAAGUGAAGGUGAUGAUGGUGAAGAGCCUUAUAAAUUACAAUGGAAAUGGAGGUCUGAACAAUUUGCAUAUAUGAAGAAAGAUGGCACUGUUGAUGGUAGCAGUUUAAUCACUAAUGCUCUUUUGGAUCAAAAAGCCGUAACAAAUGAUACCAGUGAUUAUUUGUGGUAUAUCACUAGUGUCAACAUCAACAAAACUGAUCCCAUAUUGGCUACUGAACAAGUGACUCUACGGGUGUCUACUAGUGGGCAUGUCCUUCAUGCAUUUUUUAAUGGAAAACACAUAGGGACUCAAUAUGCUGAAAAUGGAGAUUACAGCUUCUCCUUUGAAAGAAAAGUUAAUUUAAGCAUCGGAAGGAAUGAUAUUGUUCUACUCAGUGCUACUGUUGGAUUGGCUCAUAUGGUGCCGAAUAUGAAAAUCUUGCUGUUGGAAUUAACGGUCCAGUUAAACUGUCUGGGACUAAAAACAACGUUCCCAACUCCAUUGGGUACUGAUCCAGUUGUGGUUGAUUUACUCGGAUUAGGAAAAGGAGAAGCGUGGGUAAAUGGCCAGAGCCUUGGAAGGUAUUGGCCAACAAUCGGAGCCAAUGAAGAUGGGUGCAGUGAUUAUUGUGAUUACCGUGGAAAUUACAGCCCCGAUAACAAAUGUUUAACUAAUCGUGGAAAACCUACUCAAAGAUGGUACCAUGUUCCCCGGUGUUUUCUCAAAGCCAAUAACAAUAACGUGAUAGUAAUUUUUGAGGAGUUUGGAGGAAAUCCAUGGAAUGUGAAAUUCCAAACAGUGACUGUUGGAACAGCCUGUGCAAAUGCUCUUGAAGGAAAUUACACAUUGGAGUUAUCGUGCCAAGGAGGAAGACUGAUAUCUAAUAUUAAAUUUGUUAGCUUUGGGUUACCCAUAGGCUCUUGUGGAUCUUUCAGCCAAGGCAGAUGCGAAUCUCCUACAGCUUAUUCAUAUGUUAUGAAUAAUUGCUUGGGGAAAAGGCAGUGUUCCAUUCCUGUCAAUGAACUUGCUCUCGGUUCUACUGGUUGCAAUGAAAACAGACUUGCUGUUGAGGCCGAAUGCUGGGAAUAGUUUAUGUUUAUAGUUUUUACAAGUUUGCCUUGAGAUUUUGGGAAUUUAGAGCCAAUCCUAUAGAAAUAUUAUAAUAAAUAAAAUAUUUUUAUUUAAAUUA